AUGUCUAGUGGCGGGUAUUUGCACCUGACGAAGGUGGCGCGUGUAGCGUCCAAGAUGAACAAUGUUCCGAAGCAUUUGGAGUCCCGUAUAGAGAAGAUUGUGAGGACAUCUACACCAGAGUUUAUGAGACCAGCUUUACCAAGUGUGAACGAGGAGGAUAAAUUUCAGACUGUCAAGGAUUGGCGGUUUCUGCCGGGGGACCGUGUUGUUAUAUUGAAGGGAGAGAAGAAGGGAAAUAUAUGUGUGGUUAAACAACACGAUGUGAUGACCAAUGGGUUUAUCCUAGACGAAAAUGGACCCUCAUCGAACGUUCCUGUGCCCAAACAAUUUUGGCUCGAGGGUCAGAGAACACAUAUGCUGACUGUCCCCAAGGCUGUGAGGCAGCAAGAUCUGAGAUUGGUCGCUGAGAUCGAUGAUGCUGCUAAUCCAGGCCAACUAAAAACCGUGGCAGUUAAGGGAAUUGAGUUCAAGGGAACUUACUAUGACGAUGGAUAUAAAAAAAUGAUGCCUUACAGAUCAGUGAUUGGCCAAAACGAUCUUAUUAUUCCAUGGCCCAGACCAGAACCUACGGAGGAUGGUGAUUUGGCUACGGAACCAGCAUUAGCAAGAGAACAAACCUUUUGGAUUGACUCUAUAGUGAAGAACCCUGUUCCAAGGGAUGCUCUACUGACGGUCCGUAACCCAAGGUCCAAGUUCAGAAGAGGUACUCUGACAGCUCGCGAUAUCUCCAAGUUGGUAGCACCGAAGAUGCCAUUAUCUGAGACUAAGAAGGCAUAUUUGGCAGAGAAGAAAGAACUGGCUCAAAGGCCAAGACCUUCUAUCACAGAUGAGGAGAAGGCUGCCAUCGGACAAAAGAUUUACGACCAUUUGAAGGAUCAUUUAUAG